AUGAAAUCAACCGUCCUUGCGACCGCCGCGGCGGUCUUGCUAUGCACUGCAGCAUCUGUGAACGCUGCCGCGGUCCAAACUUUCGCACCGCUGGAGCAGUCCGAUAAGAUCUUAUUCGGCGCAUGGGUCGACUCCAUUGGCGGCACCGACAGCCCAACAGCACUGAACCAGCGGUUCAACUACAAGCCAUUAUCGUUCUUCCAAGGCAACUUCAACAUCCCUGCCAACCUGACGCUCGUCGAUCGCUUGAUUGAUGACAUUGAGAAGACCGCUACUGAUGCGAUAAUAUACCUCACGGUCUACCCUAUGGAUGGACUGGACCUAGUAACAGAUGAGCAUAUCAAAGAGUUUGGAACGAAUAUCAACAACGCCCUUGCACGCGGACGACGGUUUUUGAUCCGAUAUGCGCCUGAGAUGAACGGCAACUGGUUUGCUUACGGCCAGCACCCCGCUGCCUUCGUCGCCGGCUGGAAACACUUCGUCGGCACGCUCCGCAACAUGAUCACCGACAAGACGCGCGUCGCCUUCAUCUGGGCGCCCAACUCAAGCAAUGGAUACCCCUUCCUCGGCGGAAGAUACAACACCACAGAGUCCAACCCCGCCGUCCUGCAGCAGCUGGAUACAAACAAGGAUGGCAAAUACGAUGAGUGGGAUGACCCGUAUUCGCCGUUCUACCCGGGAGAUGAAUGGGUGGAUUGGGUGGGGCUGUCGAUGUACCAUUAUGGAAAGGCGUACCCGUGGGUUGAUAAUGUCCUGCCACAACCGGGAACGUGGGAAGCCAUGCUGAUCGGCAAGGGCACUCAAGGCCACUACAACUUCUACUCCAUGUUCUCCGGCAACGGUACUGGUCAGAACGUCACCGCGCCCGUCUCAAAGGGCGGCAAACCCUUCAUCAUCGCCGAAACCGCCGCAACUUUCCACGAAGGCUUCCUGAAUCCCUCCGAGCCCGAAUCCGCCAUGAAACCGCUCUUCGCCGGCCCCGGCAUGGUCGCCAUCAAACAAGCCUGGUGGCGCCAAAUCUUCAACUCCACCGCAUUCACCCUCUACCCAAAGUUGCGCGGCGUGUGCUUCUUCGAGUUCCGCAAGCAGGAGGAAACCACCAUGCGCGAGUUCCGCGCGCUCGGUUGCUGCCGCGUUCAGAGGGGAUCUGGCGCCGUUGGAUGGGAGGAUUGCUUGGGCGGGGCAGGCGAAGUAUGGGGUUGCUGUUAA